GGCAGGGCCCGGCGUCGCCACCCGCCGAGGGGGCGCAAAGAUGGCGGCACCCACGGCGGCCUGAACGGCGACAACCGCCCCGACGGGAGGGGGCCGCGGCGGGGGCCUCGCGCGCCGCCAUUUUCCGGCGUGAGGGGAGGCACAAGAUGGCGGCUCCCAGGGCGGCCCGCCCUCGCCUGUAGAGGGGCCGGCGGAGCCGGCAGGGAAGGCCGGGAAGCAGCCCUCCAGGGGGGCCGCGGGACGACCGCAGGAACCGGGGUGUGGGCCGCAUUUAGGGCCCGGAGAAGGAGCCGCUAGCGCGGCACGGACGACGCGGGGAAGGGGGGGGUAAGAUGGCGGCCUCCAUCGCCGCCGCCGCCGCCGUGUGAGGCCCUGAGGCGAGCCCCGUCCGUCCGUCCGUCCGUCCGUCCGUCCGGGCCAUGGCGUCGUUGCCGGGCGCCGCCGCCGCCGCCCUCCCGUCGGGCGGCUCCCCGCCCCUGCUGCAGCCGCGCUGGAAGCGCGUGGUGGGCUGGUCGGGCCCCGUGCCCCGGCCCCGCCACGGGCACCGCGCCGUCGCCAUCAAGGAGCUCAUCGUCGUCUUCGGCGGCGGCAACGAGGGCAUCGUGGACGAGCUGCACGUCUACAACACCGCCACCAACCAGUGGUUCAUUCCUGCGGUGCGAGGAGACAUCCCGCCAGGCUGUGCCGCGUACGGCUUUGUGUGUGAUGGAACCCGCCUGCUCGUUUUCGGCGGCAUGGUGGAGUAUGGAAAAUACAGCAACGACUUGUAUGAGCUGCAGGCAAGUCGGUGGGAAUGGAAGAGACUCAAAGCCAGGACACCCAAAAAUGGGCCACCUCCCUGCCCCAGGCUUGGUCACAGCUUCUCCUUAGUAGGCAACAAGUGCUACCUUUUUGGGGGUCUGGCCAAUGACAGCGAGGACCCCAAGAACAACAUUCCGAGGUAUCUGAAUGACCUGUAUAUCCUGGAGUUGCGCCCAGGCUCCGGAGUAGUCGCCUGGGACAUCCCUAUCACUUACGGCGUCCUCCCGCCGCCCCGGGAGUCACACACCGCGGUGGUCUACACCGAGAAGGACAAUAAGAAAUCCAAGUUGGUCAUCUACGGGGGCAUGAGCGGCUGCAGGUUGGGAGAUCUCUGGACGCUGGACAUUGAAACGCUCACGUGGAAUAAGCCCAGUCUCAGUGGCGUGGCUCCUCUCCCCCGCAGCCUUCACUCUGCUACAACCAUAGGAAACAAGAUGUAUGUGUUCGGUGGCUGGGUGCCUCUAGUCAUGGACGACGUCAAGGUGGCCACACACGAAAAGGAGUGGAAAUGCACCAACACGUUGGCCUGCCUCAAUCUGGACACCAUGGCGUGGGAGCCCAUUUUGAUGGACACGCUGGAGGACAACAUCCCCCGGGCGCGGGCCGGCCACUGCGCCGUGGCCAUCAACACCCGCCUGUACAUCUGGAGCGGGCGGGAUGGCUACCGCAAAGCGUGGAACAAUCAGGUCUGCUGCAAGGACCUGUGGUACCUGGAGACAGAAAAACCGCCUGCCCCAUCCCGGGUGCAGCUGGUGCGAGCCAACACCAACUCACUGGAGGUGAGUUGGGGAGCGGUGCCAACGGCCGACAGCUACCUGCUCCAGCUCCAGAAGUACGACAUUCCCGCCGCCGCCGCCGCCGCCUCUCCCGCAACCAACCCCGUCCCGUCGGUGCCAGUCAACCCCCCCAAGAGUCCCGCUCCGGCGGCUGCCGCCCCUGCCGUGCAGCCACUUGCCCAGGUGGGCAUCACGCUCCUCCCACAGGCCGCGGCCACCCCUCCCGCUGCCGCCGCCGCCGCCGCCACUGCUGCCACCACCGCCGCCGCCGCCGCCACCACCAUCCAGGUUUUGCCGACGGUGCCCGGGAGCCCGAUGCCCGUCCCCACUGCUGCUCGCGCUCAAGGUGUCCCCGCUGUCCUCAAAGUGACGGGUCCCCAGGCGGCCACAGGAGCACCCCUGGUGACCGUGAGGCCGGCUAGCCAGGCUGGCAAAGCCCCGGUUACUGUGACCUCGCUGCCCGCCGGCGUGCGGAUGGUCGUGCCGACGCAGAGUGCCCAGGGAACUGUGAUUGGCAGCAGCCCUCAAAUGAGUGGCAUGGCAGCUCUGGCAGCAGCAGCAGCUGCCACCCAAAAAAUCCCUCCUUCCUCAGCCCCCACUGUGUUGAGUGUCUCUGCAGGCACCACCAUCGUCAAAACCGUGGCAGUGUCGCCUGGAACCACCACGCUCCCAGCCACCGUUAAGGUGGCCUCCUCUCCCGUCAUGGUGAGCAACCCGGCUACCCGGAUGCUGAAGACGGCGGCGGCUCAGGUGGGCACGUCGGUCUCGUCGGCUACUAACACGCCCACCCGGCCCAUCAUCACCGUGCACAAGUCGGGGACUGUGACGGUGGCCCAGCAAGCCCAGGUGGUGACCACUGUGGUGGGCGGAGUCACCAAGACCAUCACGCUAGUGAAGAGCCCCAUCUCCGUCCCGGGGGGCAGCGCUCUGAUUUCCAAUCUGGGCAAAGUGAUGUCAGUUGUUCAGACCAAGCCGGUCCAGACCUCUGCAGUCACGGGCCAGGCUUCGACCGGCCCCGUGACUCAAAUCAUCCAGACCAAAGGACCCCUCCCGGCGGGUACAAUUUUGAAGCUGGUGACAUCAGCAGAUGGCAAACCCACCACAAUUAUCACCACCACUCAAGCCAGUGGGACAGGAACCAAGCCUACUAUAUUGGGCAUCAGCAGUGUCUCCCCCAAUACCACCAAACCGGGCACCACUACCAUCAUCAAAACCAUCCCCAUGUCGGCCAUCAUCACCCAGUCCGGAGCGACGGGUGUUACCAGUAGCCCUGGUAUCAAGUCCCCCAUCACCAUCAUCACCACCAAAGUCAUGACCUCCGGCACGGGGACGCCCGCCAAGAUCAUCACCGCUGUCCCCAAAAUAACCACGGGCCACGGGCAGCAGGGAGUCACCCAGGUGGUCCUGAAGGGAGCCCCAGGGCAGCCGGGCACCAUCCUUCGCACUGUCCCCAUGGGCGGGGUGCGGUUGGUCACUCCUGUCACAGUGUCUGCCGUCAAGCCAACCGUCACCACGCUGGUGGUGAAAGGGACCACAGGUGUAACCACCCUGGGCACUGUGACUGGCACUGUGUCCACCAGCCUCGCUGGAGCUGGCGGGCAUAACACCAAUGCGUCUCUGGCCACUCCCAUCACCACCCUGGGUACCAUUGCCACCCUGUCAAGUCAGGUGAUCAACCCGACCGCCAUCACGGUCUCCGCUGCCCAAACCACCCUGACGGCAGCCGGGGGCCUCACCACCCCCACCAUCACCAUGCAGCCCGUCUCUCAGCCCACUCAGGUGACCCUGAUCACGACCCCCAGCGGGGUGGAAGCCCAGCCAGUGCACGACCUCCCCGUCUCCAUCCUGGCCUCUCCCACCACGGAGCAGCCGACGGCCACGGUCACCAUUGCGGACUCCGGCCAGGCCGACGUGCAGCCCGGGACCGUGACCCUGGUGUGCUCCAACCCGCCCUGUGAGACCCACGAGACGGGCACCACCAAUACGGCCACCACCACCGUGGUGGCCAACCUGGGGGGCCUCCCGCAAGCCGCCCAGGUGCAGUUCGUGUGCGCCAACCCGCCCUGUGACGGGCAGGAGGCCGCCGCCCUGGUCACCUCCACGAUGGGGCAGCAGAAUGGCAGCGUGGUGCGGGUCUGCUCGAACCCACCAUGUGAGACCCACGAGACCGGCACCACCAACACGCCCACGGUGGUCAGCGCCAACUUGGCGGCCCCCGCCCUGGGCCCGGCCCAGAUGGUGUGCUCCAACCCGCCCUGCGAGAUGCACGAGACGGGCACCACCAACACCGCCACCGUUGCCCGGCCCGCGCUGGGCGCCGCCCAGCUGAUCCGCCUGCAGCAGGUGCCCUCCGGGCCACCGUGUCAGACGCAGCAGGUGAACGCGAUGGGUACGACCGUGAGCGUCAAAGCCGCCCUGGGCCCCGGAGGGCCCCCGUGCCCCAUCCAGCGGGUGUGCUCCAACCCGCCCUGUGAGACCCACGAGACGGGCACCACCAGCACGGCCACCACGGCCACCGCGAACAUGGGCGCCGGCGGCCCGCCCCCGCCGCCCGCGUGCUCCAACCCGCCCUGUGAGACCCACGAGACCGGCACCACCAACACGGCCACCACCGCCACGGCCGCUCUGGGGGCGGGGGAGCAGCGGGUGUGCUCCAACCCCCCGUGCGAGACCCAUGAGACGGGCACCACCAGCACGGCCACCACCGCCAUGUCCGGCAUGGGCACGGGGCAGCCGGCGCCCGCCAACCGGCUCUGUGAGACUCACCAGACUCACACGACUAACACCCCCACCACGGCCAGGUCACACAUGGGUGCCGGGGAGCCUGACGGAGUCCGAGUGCCCUCCAAGCCCCCGUGCCAAACCCACCAGACUAGCUCGACCGGCACCAUGAUGACCGUGAAGGCCAACGCUCCCACGGAGCAAGCCGUAGGGGGCCCCAAGGCCUGUUCCGACCCACCCUGUGAGACCCGUGAGGCGGCGGCGGCGGCCACCUCCACGGGCGGCCCGGGCACGGCUGGCCCAGGCACGGCCGGCCCGCCCGCCUCCCCCGGGGCCGGCCCGAGACCGGGCGCGGCGGCCGGCGGCCGGCCGUGCGAGACGCACCUCACCCACACGACCAACACCCCCACCACGGCCAGAUCCAACAUGGGCGCCGGGGAGCCCGACGGGGUCCGGCCACCUGCCAAGCCCCCGUGCCAAACCCAUCAGACUAGCUCGACCAGCACCACGAUGACCGUGAGAGCCAUAGAGGCGUUGUGCCCGGCGGCCCCUCGGGGCUGCUCCAACCCUCCCUGUGAAACCCACGAAACGGGCACCACCAACACGGCCACCACUGCCGCCUCCAGCAUGGGCGCCGGCGGGCAGCCGGACGCCGCCCGGCGGGCGUGCUCCAACCCCCCUUGCGAGACCCACGAGACGGGCACCACCAACACCGCCACUACCUCGAGCGCCGGCGCCGGCCGGCCCCCGGUCUGCUCCAACCCUCCUUGCGAGACCCACGAGACGGGCACCACCAACACGGCCACCACCGCCGCCUCCAGCGUGGCCGCCGGUCAGCCGGAAGGCGGGCAGCGGCCGCCGGCCAACCCGCCGUGCGAGACGCUCCAAACCACCUCCACGGGCACCACCAUGACGGCCGACGUCGGGGCCGCGCCCUCGGCGGCCAGCCCCAAGCGCGGGGUUCCGGAGCCGGCCGCGGACUCGGCAGCCGGCCCUGGGGCCAGCCCUCCCCGGGCCCUCUCCCCGGCUCGGCGGGUCUGCUCUAACCCCCCCUGCGAAACCCAUGAGACGGGCACCACCCACACCGCCACCACCGUCACCUCUAACAUGGGGGCGAAUCAAGACCAGCCUCCGGCCGCCAACGGCCAAGGGGAGCCUGAGAGCACCCAGGGCGAGAGCGUGACGGCCGCCGCCACCGCCGCCGUCGUCGCCGCCACCACCCCUAGCGCCGCCACCGUCGCCGCCACCGUCUCUUCUACGCAGACCAGGGCGGUGACCACCGUGACGCAGUCCACGCCGACCCCCGGGCCCUCGGUGCCGAACAUCUCGUCCAUGGCGGAGGCUCCCUCGGAGACUGCCACCCCGGCCGCCCCCGCCACCGCCCCGGCCACCGCGGGCCCCGCGCCCGGCGCGGAGACGGCCGAAGCCCAGCUGGCCGCCGGUGACAUCCUGCAGCCCUCGGAGGAGAUGCAGUCCGAGACGGAGUCGCAACAGCUGCUGCAGGCUGCGGCGGCGGCGGCGGUGCCAGUGGGCGAGCCGGCAGAAGCGCUGCCGACCCCGCAGAACCCCGACCUCCCGACGGCCAUGGACAUCGGGGCUCCGGUGGAGCCCCCAGGCCAAGAGACCCCCAGCCCGGCCGUCGUGGCCGCCGUGGUGGUGCAGCCGCCGCCGGUCCCGCCGCCUCAGCCCGAGGUGGACCAGUUGGCCCUGCCCCAGGAGCUGAUGGCCGAGGCCCAGCCCGGCACCACGACCCUGAUGGUGACGGGGCUGACCCCGGAGGAGCUCGCCGUCACCGCCGCGGCCGAGGCGGCGGCUCAGGCGGCGGCCACCGAAGAGGCCCAGGCUCUGGCCAUCCAGGCCGUGCUGCAGGCUGCCCAGCAGGCGGUCAUGGGUGCAGGGGAGCCCAUGGACACCUCAGAGGCGGCCGCCGUGGCCCAGGCCGAGCUGGGGCACCUGUCUGCCGAGGGCCAGGAGGGCCAGCCCACGGCCAUCCCCAUCGUGCUGACGCAGCAGGAGUUGGCAGCCCUGGUGCAGCAGCAGCAGCAGCUCCAGGAAGCCCAAGCUCAGCAGCAGCAGCAGCAACAGCAGCAGCAGCAGCAGCAGCAACAGCAGCAACAUCAGCACCACCACCUGCCCACCGAGGCCCUGGCCCCGGCCGACAGCCUGAACGACCCGUCGACCGAGAGCAACGGGCUCAAUGAACUAGCCAGUGCCGUCACGAGCACCGGAGCCCUGCUGCCGUCCACAGCCACGGAGAGCCUGGCUCCGUCCAGUACGUUUGUGGCUCCCCAGCCGGUGGUGGUGGCCAGUCCCGCCAAGCUGCAGGCAGCUGCCACGCUUGCCGAGGUGGCCAACGGCCUCGAGCCCACGGCAGCGAAACCCGACCCACCUCCCCCGCCUGUGAAAGUUCCGGUUAAGAAGGAGAACCAGUGGUUUGACGUGGGCGUCAUCAAAGGCGUCACCAAUAUGAUGGUGACCCACUACUUCCUACCACCUGACGACGCCUCCCCGACGGACGAUGACUCCGGCACCAUCCCCGACUACAACCAGCUAAAGAAGCAAGAACUGCAGCCGGGAACGGCCUACAAGUUCCGCGUGGCCGGGAUCAACGCCUGCGGGCGGGGCCCCUUCAGCGAAAUCUCAGCUUUCAAGACGUGUCUGCCGGGCUUCCCCGGGGCCCCCUGUGCCAUAAAAAUCAGCAAGAGUCCCGACGGCGCCCACCUCACCUGGGAGCCGCCUUCCGUCACGUCGGGCAAGAUCAUCGAGUACUCGGUGUACCUGGCCAUCCAGAGCUCACAGACAGGCGAGCAGAAGAGCUCGGCGCCAGCCCAGCUGGCCUUCAUGCGGGUGUACUGCGGGCCCAGCCCGUCCUGCCUGGUGCAGUCGUCGAGCCUCUCCAACGCCCACAUCGACUACACCACCAAGCCGGCCAUCAUCUUCCGCAUCGCCGCCCGCAACGAGAAGGGCUACGGCCCCGCCACGCAAGUCAGGUGGCUCCAAGAGUCAAGUAAAGACGGCUCUGGAACAAAGCCUGCGAGCAAGAGGCCCUUCUCCUCCCCGGAAAUGAAAUCAGCUCCAAAGAAGUCCAAGGCAGAUGGCCAGUGAAAGGACAGCGCCCACCUGUCCCCUGCUCCUGCUCCACCCCCUCGGCUCCGCUUCCGAGACCGACAACGCCUGCUGCCGCCGCCGCCGCCACCGCCGCCCCGCGCGCCUCCCCUUCCCCGACUUCCACAUCCCCCCGCCGCGUGAGCCGCCGGCCACAGUUUUACCUGCGCUCGUCAUUUUUUAAAGAGGAAAGCAAACUGUUGCGAGGAAAGCACAUUUCACCGUUGGGGGAAGAAAGGCAAGGAUGGGGCCGGAACGACACGGCCCCUCGGCUUCGGAUCUGCGCAUACGGGACCCUUGGAUAGACGGACGUAGCCCGCCCCGGCGGGCCCGUGGGAGAAAACGGGGAAUAAACUGUGAGAGGCCGUCACAGCCUCCCCCACGUGCGCUCUGGGCACUGGCGGUUCCGUGCAGGCUCUGUUCCCGUUCUGUUGUUCAGAGACUGAGGGGAAAAAGUUAACUCCUUUUUUUAAAAAACAAAAAAACAAAAAAAAAAAACAACCCCACAACAGACAAACUUUGUUUUUCAUCAGCCCUGGGUUUUCCUGGCUGGGGAGCGAGGGGAUGACGACGGUAAAAAGAGCAAGGAAUGGAAAAGGCGCUUGAGCCUUUUUCUCCCCCUUCCCUUGGAAGAUGAUGCUCUGUUCUGCUCCGGACCCCGGCGGGGGGGCAUUGCCAGGAUUGAAAAUCCCGUCUGCGGCAGUCACCAAGCGGGUUGUCGCCAGUGGCUGUUUUUUUCCCUUUUCCCCCACCCCCCCCUUUUCCAUCUUUUGUUCUCAACCACCCACGCUCCUUAAACCCACCCCUCCUGCCUCGGCCCCCCGGGGCCACAGUCGGGGGGUGCCGAUAAGGGAGUACGUGACCCCUUGGCAGACUCAGCCAAGCCCGGACGUUUCCAGUCCGUGCAAACUCAGCGGCCUUCUCACCCCUCCCCUCAAACCAGUCGUCGGUGGUCUCCUGUGGCGUGAGCGGGGCUUUCUACGAGGAAAAAAAACAAACUAUGAACGGGCAGCCCGGUCCACAGGAUGCUUCACUGUGGGGGAGGUGGUCACGGAGGGGGCACCCCGCAAAUACUACUCUCCUGGUUGGGGGGGGGGGGGGUUGUUUUCGUUUUUACAUGUUGAAGUUGACAGAAUGAAGUUAUCACUUUUUAUUACAAUCUCAAGCGUGUGGGGUUUUUGUGUUUUUGGUUUUUCCGGGGGUUCUUUUUUUUUUAAUUUUAUUGUCAGCUAUGUACAGAUUGAGUUUGGGGGUGUUUCUCGUUUUGGUUUAGCGUCUGAGUCUUAGGGUGCAGCGGGAACAGCAGCGACGGAGGAGCAAGGCUGGGACGGUCGGGGGGGGGCGGGGUGCCCAGCUGCUUCUUUCGAGAAGUGCUUGAAGGUGCUGGCGUCGUGACUUUUGGAAGGGGGUCAGAUGGGUUGUUUUUGUUUCCUUCCCCAACGCCGACUCUGUUUGCAUGUUGCUGCCACUCCCUCGCCCCCCCCCCCCCUCCUUGUGGUUGACUUAAUUUCGCCCUUCUCCCACCCACUCCCCCUUUUCUCACCAGGACAAAAAAGGGUCCUCCCCGGAGCCGGGUAGCCGCUCCCAGCCCCCCGCCGGACACCCGCAGGGUCGUCCUGGCAAAUCGGGAAGCGCGUCUAGGGCUGGGAGCUCGAAGCCAGCUGGGUACUGGGACCCGGGACGGAGGAAAGACCAAAAGAGACUGCCGAUUUCACAGCCUUCAGGACGCCCCGUUCAAGUCCGGGCUGCCUGGAAAGUUUCCCCGAACAAAAAAAAAAACACCCCUCCCUCCCACUGAGCCCUUUUUUAGGUGGGGGGACGGGGGAAGAGCCCUGACAGGAGGGGACUUGCGAUGUUUUCGACCGCUCGUGGGCACCUGACGGCCCCCGCGGAGCUGCUCGUACCACAGGGAGCUGCUGGACGACGCGCACCGGUCCCAGGGGCCGGGAGGGAGCCGAAUCCAAGGGGGCCGCUCCGCCGACAAAUUCCAUGAAUUUGUGGACCCGCUUCCACACGGCCUCCCCGCCGGAGUUGAUGAGGCUGAGCCCGAAGUCCGGGAGGAGGGGAGGGCUGAGCGCUGAACCGGAUGGGCGAGGGGAGAGAGAAGAGCCCUCGCUUCCUCAGUGAGCUGCAACCCCUGCAUUCUGGGUUGGCAACACAAGCACUUUUUAAAUGUUGUAAAAAGAGAAUUUCCAACCAAGAACUCCACCUCUGCACCGUGGCCAGCGGUUCCCCCACCCUGUUCUUGGGAAUGGGGAAACAGCGGCUCUGGCUGUGCCCGCCCGCCUCCCGCCCCCUCCGGGCUCCCGUUAUUUUGUAUUAUAGUGGAUUUCGCUGUGGAAACUUGACCGUUUAGUCUUUUGGAUUCCACUCACCCGGCCCUGCCCUACCUGUUUUUUCCCCACCCCCCCACCCCCGUUUUUGAGAACAGCGUAUCUCUCCCAUUGUAGAGUUAAUCCCCGUGACUCAAUAUUACCAUAGUGCUAUCUGUCGUUUUUGUGCUAUUUUGAACAAUUAAAGACAUUUUUUGGAAA